AUGGCAGAGGUCUUGAUGGACUUUCCUGAGCUCUCCAUCACCGUCGAGGGCCGGAAAGAACCCAUCAUGAAACGAACAUGCUUGAUCGCCAACACCUCCAACAUGCCGGUGGCAGCACGUGAAGCCUCCAUCUACACGGGAAUUACAGUAGCGGAGUAUUUUAGGGACCAAGGCAAAGCAGUGGCUAUGAUGGCUGACUCGUCCUCUCGGUGGGCGGAGGCUCUGCGAGAGAUCUCUGGACGUUUGGGUGAAAUGCCUGCAGAUCAAGGAUUUCCUGCCUACUUGUCCGCCAAGCUUGCGUCCUUCUACGAACGAGCUGGAGCUGCAACAACACUGGGGUCUCCGGAACGCACUGGCAGCAUUUCAAUUGUCGGAGCAGUCUCACCUCCUGGGGGGGACUUUUCAGAUCCCGUCACAUCAGCGACGUUGGGUAUCGUGCAGGUCUUCUGGGGGCUGGACAAGAAACUGGCACAACGCAAACACUUUCCAAGCAUCAACACUUCGCUUUCCUACAGCAAGUACACCAAUAUCCUUGACAAAUUCUACGCGAAGGAUCACCCUGAGUUUCCGAGACUCCGCGACCGCAUCAAAGAGCUUCUUUCCAACUCGGAGGACCUUGAUCAGGUUGUGCAACUUGUGGGGAAAUCGGCUCUCGGCGACCCCGACAAGAUCGUUCUUGAUGUGGCUGCCAUGUUGAAGGACGACUUUCUGCAACAGAACGGCUACAGCGACUACGACCAGUUUUGCCCUCUGUGGAAGACAGAAUACAUGAUGAAAGCGUUUAUGCAAUUCCACGACGAAGCUCAAAAGGCGGUUGCGAGCGGUCUGGGCUGGUCCAAGAUCAGAGAAGCCACGAGCGAGAUCCAGCAUGGGCUGCGCAGCAUGAAAUUCGAGCUACCCGAUGACCAGGAGGAAGUCUCUGCCAAGUACGACAAGUUGUUGCAGAGCAUGUCGGAGAAGUUUGCGAGCGUCAGCGAUGAAUAA